UUGCAUCUUGCAUCCUUUUAUCUGCACAACUAAAUCCUCUUCCCUCAGCAGGGAGGGACAAGCAGGCAACUUCAUGAUAAAGCGGAUUGUGGUGACAACAGAUUUCUUCCCUCUGGACUAGAGAAGGUCUCCAGACAUGUUGAAAUGAGUUGUUUGCAGGGACCUACAAGCGCUGCGUUGUAGCCUGGCGCCGAUUUGAACACGAGGCCUCCCCAGCGCUCAGCCAGCAAGGGAAGUGCUUGGAAAGAUGAAGAGCUGUCUGCUGGCAUAACAGGAAGUUUUUGUUUUUCAAGCCUUGUGAAGUUUCACGUGGUGGCAAAGACGUUUCCUGCCUGCUUUUUUCAAAUACACACAAAAAACGCCCUGUACCAAGAGCGAAAGGCUAUCCACCAUCAAGUUUCUAGCCAAACGGGCAAGUGCCUGUGCAUCGCCAUGGCAACCAAGCAGCCCCCACCGCUGAUGAAGAAGCACAGCCAGACGGACCUGGUGAGCCGGCUCAAGACGCGGAAGAUCUUGGGGGUUGGCGGAGAAGACGACGAUGGGGAGGUGCAUCGGUCAAAGAUCAGUCAAGUCCUGGGAAAUGAAAUCAAGUUUGCAGUCCGGGAGCCGCUGGGACUCAGGGUCUGGCAGCUGGUUUCGGCCAUCAUGUUCUCGGGGGUGGCCAUCAUGGCCCUAGCUUUCCCAGACCAGCUCUACGAUGCCGUCUUUGACGAGGAGCCGGUGAGCAGCAAGACGCCCGUCCGGCUCUACGGGGGAGCCCUGCUCAGUAUCUCUCUCAUCAUGUGGAACGCCCUGUACACGGCCGAGAAGGUCGUCAUCCGCUGGACCCUGCUCACAGAGGCUUGCUACUUCGCCGUGCAGUUCCUGGUUACCACUGUCUCACUGGUUGAGAGCGGCCGGAUAGCCACAGGUGCUGUGCUCCUCCUAGUCAGCCGAGCCCUCUUCAUCCUCAUCAGCAUUUAUUAUUAUUACCAAGUUGGACGCCGUCCCAAGAAAGUCUAAUUCCUGGACUUUCUGUCAUGGGAAGGGUGGGAGGGGGGUUUGUGUCGGUAAUUUUGCAUUAUAAUUAUAACUUUUUUUGUUGUUGUUAGUUCCUUUUUGUUCUAAAGUGGUUUCCUUCUUUUCCACUUACCGGCAUGACUCAGCGUGUAACCCGGUGCUGGUGGCAUUACCAGGUGAUGUGUGGGGAGAGCUGCGUCAUGCAGGUCCCCCCCACAAACCCUUCGGGAGGAGGUGAGCAAACAGCAUGAGGAAGGCUCAGGGAGGUGUACAGGCCUGACAGGCUCAGGGAAAAGAGCUGGUUUCUCUAGGGAAACUGGCCAUUGGGAUCACAGGCUCUGAAACCUUUAAACAAAGCACAAAAAUCAGGACAGCACAUCAAAACCAAAUCCCUGAAGAGAAAGGGAGUUAAGGCAACCAGCGAAGGACUCGGCUACUCCCCUUGGUAAGUCUUGCACCUGCCUGUUGAGCCUCACAUUUACAGCAAGUUCCUCUUUUAGCAAGUACUGUUCAGGUACCUGGGAGUUGGCCAGGAUUAGUUGUAGUUCAGUGAAAUUUGAAAUCACAAAUGAAAAGAAUUGCUGUUCGUUCUUGCUACCAGAGGUGCCACCCCGUAUUUGUUUUUGCAUUGGUUGCUGUACAGAGCUCAGCACAAGGUAUGGCAAAAGAAGAGGAAGACUCCUUACUUGUUCCCUUCACAGGGAUAGUGCUGGGACCAAUGGAGCAUUUUUGAUUGUAAUAUGAGAGAAGAGAUGGAAGCUGUUGGGAAAACAGCCAGCCAAGCAUGUUGAAAUCUCCUUGUUUGGGAUAUUUCAUGUAGUUCCUAGGCUGGGCUUCUGUCCCCUUCACCUCACCCUGUUUCCUACAGGUGCCGCUUCCUUGGUGGUAGCAGUGGUCGUAGCUGAGUUGCCUGCCAUGUGUCUAACCUGCUGUUGGUAGCAACAGGGAGCAAGGUGUGAGCAGGAGUAGUGUGAAGCAGCUGGUGAGAUGAGUCCCACAUGUGGGAGCCCUGUUCUAGCUCAGCUACUAUACAGGCAUCACUCUUCCUUUGACUUUGGGGAGAAAGGACCAAAGUUUGAAGCACCAGAUGCUACUUCCUGGGGAUGAAGUAGUAGAAUGUGCAGAGGCUUUACUGCCUUCUUCAAGAUCAAUCAAGGAACGACUAAAAGUACGUUAGUGCUUGUUGGCCAGUUCCCCCAACACCUAUUGGGGUCACCAGCACUGGUUUCCCCUACUUCCUAGCUAUUUCCUAGCAGAGUAUUUCUGGCCAUAGCUGCAGGCUGCAUUCUUAUUCUCUACAGGACUAAAAGUUGAAGGCCUGUGUAGUUGAGUUAGACUCUUUUUUUUCUUCAUGCACUGUUGUUGGCUGGAUCCAAGUGUGCCCUUGAGGAGGCUAAUUUUCCCAAAAUCCCGGUAGAAAGAUGCCUACUUGGAUAGAACUGCUUGGGUGAACAACAGAGUUCAACCAACUGAUGAUGUUGGGGUCUAGGGCUAUUGCUGUUAGGUAUCUUAGUAUAGUUAAUGGGUAGUUACUGUAUGUGGUUUGUUAGUGCUCUUGGCAUUUAGAAGCAGCUGCAUAAAUUUCAGACUGCGCACUGUACCUGUUGGCCAUGCAAAAUGUAUGUCAGCUUGGAAAAUACUUGACCCAAGAAAUACUGCAUUUUUUAACGAACUGAAUCUGGUGCAGAGGCAAUGUUCAACAUCAGGCUAAAUGCUACAGCCUCCAUCCAUGCAUCCAAAAGGUGGUUAGAAACCACAUUGAUAUUAUAAGGUGGGCCAACCUGUAUAGGUGGAAGAGUCACGUUCUAGGAGGGAAACUAUUUCCCUGUGAGUCAAGAAAUGGUCGAGUGCAGCCCAGAGAGCGUGCAGAGCAAAGCAGCGUGUGCUGCAUGAGGAGCUGGGAGGUGGCAGGCUGUGGCUUUGGCUCCUGUUGCCAGCACCAGCUGCCUGGGCAGCUGCAGUGGCACAGCUCUGCACGGCGCUUCAGCCAUAGCUGUUGGUAUAGGUAAGUGGUGCUUGAGUCUUUGUGUUUUGGGGGUCAGGCAAAUGUGUUCAGACUGGUUAAUGGUGUUUGGGGGGGUGGGAGGGUCAGAGAGGAGACUGUUUCUAGGAAAACUGAACAAAACCAUUGCAAGACAGGCUUAUGGAGAAAGGAAGUGGAGGGUCAGCUUUAUGAUGCCCUUUCACACCCUGGGACUGACUUACACCAUGAGUUUGAAUCUGUAGAUGGCUGACUGAUUAGGUACCUUGAAAGUGCUCUUCAGGAGGUGAGAGACACAUGUUCUUACACUAUGAGGGAGCAGUUCUCAGAAGACUCAUGGAUAGAACAAUUAAAUUUGUGUCUUUCAGGUGUGUGUGGAGGGGUAGGUCUUUCUAAAGGAGUUUUAAAUCAAGUGAGAUCAGAUUCUUCUUUGGUCCCCUACUUAGCAGCUGUCUCUGCAAAACUUCAAACAGGCAUUUGACUCUAGCUGAUGCUAGUGCUAGGGUUUUUUUAAUCUGAUAUCUUCUGCUCCAGCACAGAACAGAGCCUGGGGGUGGUCUGCAAGGGCUUGAUGCUAAACAGCACUUAGCCCCAAAAGAGGAGAAGGUUCUCUUAUUUUUUCCUGUUUGUUGCUGCAGCUUGCCCUAAUUGGACUCUUUUUAUAGACUAUGACAAGGGAGUGGGGGCUGUAUGUCCAGGACCAUCCCUUAUGAAGAAGUGAGAUGGAGCAAAUGGAUGUCCUGCUUUACAGCUGCUACAGGAAGGUCCUGUUCCUCCUGCAGGCAGCUGGAGGAGGUGAACUUGUCACAGGUGAGGACUGGGAGGGACUUCUCAAGGCCACUUGAGGCUGGAGCUAGGGCAGCACUGCCAGAAACCAGCUGUGGGUCUGUCUUCACUCCACCACUAUGGAGGGGGAGCCUUUCUAAGGAUAGAAAGGUUGGGAUCACAGCUGCUGGUAGUAGCUGAGCACAUGAUUUAGGAUCAAAAGCCUGAGGUUGCUCUUUAGGCUCUGGUACUGAUCCUUUCAUCUCCAUCGGUCUCGCUUUCCGCAUCUGUUAAGCUGUGGGGAAGAUCUCGGACUGUCAUCAUCUCUCUCGGGAAGCAAUUUUAUAAAGAAUUCCCUACUAG